AUGGGAUUUCCAACUGAAUUUAAAUUUCUGGAUAACUCCAACCACAUCAUCGUCCAACGCCCGGAAAAAGGGAAGCGAAAGAAAACGAGGAAAGUAGAACCAUAUAAACUUAUAAGUCACCCUUGGACAGGUGCUUCAGAUCUUUUUGAUGGUCGGGUAAUCUUUAAUAACGGGAAAUCUUUACCGAUUUUUGGCGGAAUAAAGUUGGAAGAAUUGCGACCGAAAUUAGUCGAUCCAGAUAAAAAGGCUACCUAUCUGAUUGUUGAUGAAAUACAG